GGUGCACCUGUGCGGCAGGUGCUCCGGCAGGUGCCCCGGCGGGACCCGACCCCGACCCCGACCCCGACCAGCGAGGCCCGGCUCUGCGCUGCGGGAAGAUGCUGCGCGAGAGGACCGUGCGGCUGCAGUACGGGAGCCGCGUCGAGGCGGUGUACGUGCUGGGUACCUACCUCUGGACGGAUGUGUACAGCGCGGCCCCAGCUGAGGCCCAGACCUUCAGCCUGAAGCACUCGGAGCGGGUGCGGGUGGAGGUGGUGCGCGAUGGGGAGGCCGAGGAGGUGGCCACCAACGGCAAACAGCGCUGGCUUCUGUCGCCCAGCACCACGCUGCGGGUCACCAUGAGCCAGGCCAGCACGGAGGCCAGCAGUGACAAGGUCACUGUCAACUACUACGACGAGGAAGGGAGUAUGCCCAUUGACCAGGCUGGGCUCUUCCUCACGGCCGUUGAGAUCUCCCUGGAUGUGGAUGCAGACCGGGAUGGUGUGGUGGAGAAGAACAACCCCAAAAAGGCAUCCUGGACCUGGGGCCCCGAGGGCCAGGGGGCCAUCCUGCUGGUGAACUGUGACCGAGACACACCCUGGCUGCCCAAGGAGGACCUGAACGAUGAGAAGGUCUACAGCAAGGAAGACCUCAAGGACAUGUCCCAGAUGAUCCUGCGGACCAAAGGCCCGGACCGCCUCCCCGCCGGAUACGAGAUCAUUCUCUACAUUUCCAUGGCCGACUCGGACAAAGUGGGCGUGUUCUAUGUGGAAAACCCGUUUUUCGGCCAGCGUUACAUCCACAUCCUGGGCCGGCGGAAGCUCUACCACGUGGUCAAGUACACGGGCGGCUCCGCGGAGCUGCUGUUCUUCGUGGAAGGCCUGCGUUUUCCCGACGAGGGCUUCCCAGGCCUGGUCUCCAUCCACGUCAGCCUGCUGGAGUACAUGGCCGAGGAGAUUCCCCUGACUCCCAUCUUCACGGACACGGUGAUAUUCCGGAUUGCUCCAUGGAUCAUGACCCCCAACAUCCUGCCUCCUGUGUCGGUGUUUGUGUGCUGCAUGAAGGACAAUUACUUGUUCCUGAAAGAGGUGAAGAACCUGGUUGAGAAAACCAACUGUGAACUGAAGGUCUGCUUCCAGUACGUAAACCGAGGUGACCGCUGGAUCCAGGAUGAAGUUGAAUUUGGCUACAUAGAGGCCCCCCACAAAGGCUUCCCUGUGGUACUGGACUCACCCCGAGAUGGAAACCUGAAGGACUUCCCAGUGAAGCAGCUUCUGGGCCCAGAUUUUGGCUACGUGACCCGGGAGCCCCUCUUCGAGCCUGUCACCAGCCUUGAUUCCUUUGGGAACCUGGAGGUCAGUCCACCAGUGACUGUGAACGGCAAGACCUACCCCCUGGGCCGGAUCCUCAUCGGGAGCAGCUUUCCUCUGUCCGGUGGUCGGAGGAUGACCAAGGUGGUGCGGGACUUCCUGCAAGCCCAGCAGGUGCAGGCGCCCGUGGAGCUCUACUCGGACUGGCUGACCGUGGGCCACGUGGACGAGUUCAUGACCUUCGUCCCCAUCCCGGGCACAAAGAAAUUCCGGAUGCUCAUGGCCAGUACCUCGGCCUGCUACAAGCUCUUCCGAGAGAAGCAGAGGGAGGGCCACGGGGAAGCCAUCAUGUUCAAAGGCUUGGGCGGGAUGAGCAGCAAGCGGAUCACCAUCAACAAGAUUCUGUCCAAUGAGAGCCUCGUGCAAGAGAACCAGUACUUCCAGCGUUGCCUGGACUGGAACCGUGACAUCCUCAAGAAGGAGUUGGGGCUCACGGAGCAGGACAUCAUCGAUCUCCCCGCUCUGUUCAAAAUGGAUGAGCACCGCCAGGCCAGGGCCUUCUUCCCAAACAUGGUGAACAUGAUCGUGCUGGACAAGGACCUGGGCAUCCCCAAGCCCUUUGGGCCCCAGGUGGAGGACGUGUGCUGCCUGGAGACGCACGUGCGCUCCCUGCUGGAGCCGCUGGGCCUCUGCUGCACCUUCGUGGACGACAUCUCGGCCUACCACAAGUUCCUGGGGGAGGUGCACUGCGGCACCAACGUGCGCCGGAAGCCCUUCUCUUUCAAGUGGUGGCACAUGGUGCCCUGAGCCCGCGGGGGGCUGUGGGGUGCAGGUCUCAGCCCAUCCAUAGCUGAUAUUGUGGCUGGACUGGCCCUCGUGGUUCUUGGGAUUGAUUGCAAGACGCCCAUCAGCAACAACGGUCAGGAAACUUUGGGGGUGGGGAAGAAAAGGAUGAUUACUUCCAGGACCUGGACAUUGCACGGCACACCUGGGGCCACACAGCCAAGUCGCAGGGAGAGAGAGAGGCGGCACAGGCCUGGGGUCUGCUUUUUUGGGGGGCGGGGGGGGUGAGGACCUAGGGUUUUGUAGGCUCUUCUUUGUCCGUGAAUCUGAAACAUAAGAGCAGGAAUUCAAAGCACAGGACAAGGAAAAUCAAGGGGCCCGAAAUAGUCAGCUUUAGAAAGCAGCUAAGAUUUCUAAAACAGAGGAGCCUGGGGAAGGAGGAAGCCUGGCGUUUUAUCUAGUCCUGUGGCUGGCAGCGUGCUUAUCGCAGAUAGCUUUCUUUGAUGUGGGCAUCUCAGCAGUCCAAGCCCAAGUCAGGCACUUGUAUAACCAGAAAGAGAAAACCCAACUGUCAGAGCUCCCAUGACAGGGGGCCUUGGCACCUCCCUCCCCCCUUCCUUCUCCAGACCCCUGGCACAGACACCCCCCAGAGCUCCCCCCUGCCUGGCAAGGACUUGACAAGGACUGGACUGCCCCACUGGGAGGCCUCCAGGGAGGGGGCACGUAUUGGGGACAUCAGUACCUUGCCAUCUCUCAGAAGGGCCCCAGCAUCCACCAAAGUCACCCCCAGUGAACCUCAACCCUUCCUUUCUGAAAAUAGCUGUGCAUUGGGCCAGUGUCUAUAUAGCCCUGAUAUGAAAAACAACAACAAAAAACCUCUAUACCCAAACCAUUCCCCAAAGAGUCCUUAGUCUCUUGUCCAAAACUGAAGGAGGAGAGAAAGGAAGGAGGUUCUGAAGGUUCUGGGAUCACCGGUUCUGGCAACCAUGCCCUGAGGGCCAAGGUAGAUCCUGUGGAAAGGGACCCCGGGGCCCCAGAUGUACCUUGAGCUGCUGUCAUUCCAAAUUCAGCUCCCUUGGGGUGUCCAGCUGGCUGCUUCCAAUUAUUCAUUCCUUCCCAGCCUCUCUCAGAUCCCCUUGGCUUUCUCUCUGCAGUGUAGACAGCACUGACUAGCUUCCCCAUUCCCUGAGGGUCCAAAUAAUUGAGUUUAGAACCUUCCCCCGAAGUGAAUUUUAUCAGAACAGACCUCUCCAUUUUCAAGACGCUCCGUAUACCUCAUCUUUUUGAUGGACACAGGCUCUCCAAAUGCUUGAGGGGUUCCCCCCAGACCAGCAUCCUUGUACCUGAGAGGGCCGUGGGUGAAGAUGCCCAGGCUCAGCCGUAUCCUUCUCCUGCCUGGUUCCCCGUUCUCUGGGCAGUCCUUGGUCUCCCUCCUCGCAUGCCUCCACUUCCUACUCCUCAUGCGAUCCCUCCAGGCAGCUACACGGGGACUUUUUCACCACCAGCCAGGCUCAGACCUGCCCCUAUGGUAUAAUUAAAGACCCACCUGUUCUCCCUAGACCUUAGACUCAACAUAUAAGGACCUGGCCUGACCCCCAGCCCAACCACCAGUUCUGGGCCAGCAGCUGGGCUAUCCCAUGGAAGUUCACCAGCACAUUUGCUGAACAUCCUCUCAUUUGGACAUAACUAGUUUAAGUCCCUGGCUCCAACCCAAAAGACUCGGUUUCAACUAAAAAAAAAGUUACUUUAGGCCCAACUGUUGUUGGGAGAAUAAGUGAAUUAUAAUUCUACUUUGAGGAUUAAAAAGAACCAAUUCAUAGCCAAUGAGGUUAUAAAUGUGUGUUCUCGGGAGAACAGGAUUUUCUUCUUGGGUUAUUUCAUUUUUUCAUUCAGAAAACAUUUGUCGUGUGCCUACUAAGUGCCAGGCUCGGUGCUGUGCUGUGAGGAUGUGGUGGUUAGCAGCACCCUGGUCCUGGUCUCUGCCUCAUGGAGCCAGCCAGUUCUCAACAUGCAGUGCCCACAUCUGAAUGGCCAGCACUUGUCCUUUCAGUGAUGUGCUCUUUAGAAGUGCCAACCCACUAGAUUCAGGAAAUGCACAGGGCACAGAAAUUCCUGCAAGUCACUAUUUUGGAUGAAGGCAAAGGGUUCUUUUUCAACCAGCCCUCCUUUCCCAUCCAGCUGGGCCAGUACCAUCUGACAGAUCAGACCCCAGAGCCUUCAGAAGCUGUUGUGCCCCUGCCUUUGGGGGGCCAAGCCCCCGAUCUCUGCAACCCCAGAGCUGAAAACACCAAGUGCCUAUUUGAAGGUGUUUAUCCUGAGACUUAGAGUUUGUCGUGUGUGUGUGUGUGUGUGUGUGUUUAGUUAAUGUGGGGUUUCGGGUUUUCUCUCAUUUUUUUUCUAGUCUACCUUAAAGGGAAGUGAGUACCUCCCAUGUGGAGACAGUGUGUGUUUAUAGAUUUUUCUAAAACUCUCCCCAUAGAUAAGUUGGUAAUUUCUGAUGAUUCUGGAGCCUCCAGGACUCAGAUAUCUAUUCCCAUUUUGCUUGCCUCCCGCCCCGUGUGACUACCCUCCGCGUGCAUACCUCCCCCAUUCCUGUGGACUCCUUGCUCUUCCCCACCCCCCAGUUUCUAUAAAUGUAGGCCUGGGAUACAUUUCUGUGUUGCAAAACUCAGCUAAGUUCCUGUUUCGAUCUUUAUGUUGAAAUAUUUUAUCUAAGAGGGAAGGGGGUGCCAUGAAGAUGGCAAGAAGCAGGGCACAAUUUCAACUUUCUGGAUGAGAGGCCAUGAUGAAGAUCGAAAGAUGUUUGGGGAAGAGCCUAAUUAAAUAGCAAUAAAAUAAACCAUCAGAGGGGAA